AUGGUAGACGAGCAUCGUAUGCUGGACCCCUGCGACGCCGCGGCCAUGAGCUCACAUCCCGCCCCCCCCCUCUAUCUCGGCUUCGAUCUCUCGACCCAGCAGCUCAAAGUCAUCGUCGUCGGGCCGGAUCUCAAGGUCGUCGCCCAGGCCAAGGUCGACUUUGACGCUGACUUUGGCGUCAAGUAUGGAAUCCGCAAGGGCGUCCACGUCCAGCCGUCGAGCGGCGAGGUCUACGCCCCCGUGGCAAUGUGGAUGGAGUCGAUCGACCUCGUUCUCGCCCGCCUCGCCGAGGCCAUGCCCGUGCCCAUGCAUCGCAUCGCCGCCGUCAGCGGCUCCGGACAGCAGCACGGCAGCGUCUACUGGAACGCCGACGCGGCCGCCCUCCUGAAGGGGCUUGAUCCCGCGAGGUCCAUCGUCGAUCAGCUCGGCGCCGCGCUCGCGCAGCCGUCGUCGCCCAACUGGCAGGACCAGAGCACCCAGAGCGAGUGCGACGCCUUCGAUGCCGCUCUGGGCGGCAGGGACAAGCUGGCCGAGGCGACGGGCAGCGGUGCCCACCAUAGGUUCACGGGCGAACAAAUCAUGCGGCUCAAACGCAUCCGGCCCGACGUCUACGACGCCACCGAGCGCAUCUCGCUCAUCUCCUCCUGGCUCGCCUCCGUCCUCCUCGGCUCCGUCGCGCCCCUCGACGUGGCCGACGUCUGCGGCAUGAACCUGUGGGACAUGGCCCACCAGCGGUACGGCGAGGAGCUCUUGCGUCUCGCCGGCGGCGGCACGCGGCAGGAUGCCGACGACUUGCGGCGCAAGCUUGGCGAGCCCGUCCUCGACGGCGGCGCGUGCCUCGGCAACGUGUCGCCCUAUUUCGUCGCCAAGUACGGCUUCGGUGCCGGCUGCAAGGUGCUCCCCUUUACGGGCGACAACCCGGCGACGAUGCUCGCGCUGCCUCUGCGACCACUCGACGCCAUCGUCUCGCUCGGCACCUCGACGACCUUUCUCAUGAACACACCCGUCUACCGACCCGACGGCGCGUACCACUUCUUCAACCACCCGACCACGCGGGGCCACUACAUGUUCAUGCUGUGCUACAAGAACGGCGGGCUCGCGCGUGAAAAGGUGCGCGACGAGCUGGCCGGACCGGACGGCGAGGUCGAGGCGGGCGCCGCUGGUUGGCAGAGCUUCAACGACGCCGUCCUCGACACCCCGCCGCUCGGCAUGGCCGACGCGGGGGACGAGGCCAAGCUCGGCCUCUACUUCCAUCUCCGCGAGACGGUUCCGAACAUCCGCCCGGGCACGUGGCGGUUCCGUUGUCACGCCGACGGCACCGGUCUCGAAGAAGCUCGAGGCUGGGACAAGGCCAUGGACGCGCGCGCCAUCGUCGAGUCGCAGGUCCUCUCCAUGCGGCUGCGGUCGCAAAACCUCGUUCGCCCGCCGCGCCACGGCCUGCCCGCGCAGCCGCGACGCAUCUAUCUCGUCGGCGGUGGCUCCGUGAACCCGGCGAUUGCGCGCGUCAUCGGCGACGUCCUCGGCGGCGCCGACGGCGUGUACAAGCUCGACGUGGGCGAGAGCGCGUGCGCCCUCGGCGGUGCCUACAAGGCGCUCUGGGCGCUCGAACGCAAGGACGGGGAAUCCUUUGACGAGCUGAUGGCGGCGCGCUGGCAGGAGGAGGGAUCCAUCGAGAAGGUCGGCGAGGGAUUCCUCGAGGGCACGUACCAAAAGUAUGGCAACGUCCUGCCCGCGUUCGAGGAGAUGGAGAAGCGCCUGCUGGCGGAGGAGAAGCAGGGGUGA